AUGGCGGGCCCCCGGUUGUCGGAAAAGGAGCUCUUUGAGCUGAAUGCAAAGGCUGCUCCGCUAGUGGUGCUGGACAAUGUCAAGUUCCCCUCGUACAACGAGAUUGUGUCGCUGACGCUCCCUGACGGCUCGACGCGUGGCGGUCAGGUGCUCGAGGUGUCCGGCAGCAAGGCCAUCGUCCAGGUCUUUGAGGGCACUUCUGGCAUUGACGUGAAGGACACGCAUAUCGAGCUCACGCGCCACUCGAUGAAGCUCCCCGUGUCCGAGGACAUGCUUGGCCGUGUGUUCAACGGCUCGGGUAACCCCGUCGACAACGGCCCCAAGGUCUUUGCCGAGGACUUUUUGGACAUCAACGGCUCGCCGAUCAACCCGUACUCGCGUGCCUACCCCGAGGAGAUGAUCCAGACGGGUAUCUCGACCAUCGACACGAUGAACUCGAUCGCCCGUGGCCAAAAGAUCCCCAUCUUCUCCGCCUCGGGUCUGCCGCACAACGAGAUUGCCGCGCAGAUUUGUCGCCAGGCCGGCCUUGUGAAGCGCCCGGGCGCCGGCAAGGGUGUGCACGACGACCACGAGGACAACUUCAGCAUUGUCUUUGCGGCGAUGGGUGUGAACAUGGAGACGGCCCGCUUCUUCAAGCAAGACUUUGAGGAGAACGGCUCGCUGGACCGUGUGACGCUCUUCCUGAACUUGGCCAACGACCCGACGAUUGAGCGUAUCAUUACGCCGCGUCUCGCGCUGACCACCGCAGAGUACUUUGCCUACCAGCUCGAGAAGCACGUCCUCGUCGUGCUGACCGACAUGACCUCGUACGCCGACGCGCUGCGUGAGGUUAGUGCUGCGCGUGAGGAGGUGCCGGGUCGCCGUGGUUACCCCGGUUAUAUGUACACAGACUUGGCCACGAUCUACGAGCGUGCUGGUCGUGUGCAGGGCCGCAACGGUUCGAUCACCCAGAUCCCGAUUCUGACCAUGCCCAACGACGACAUGACCCACCCGAUUCCCGACUUGACGGGCUACAUUACCGAGGGCCAGAUCUACGUCGACCGGCACCUGUACAACCGUCAGAUCUACCCGCCGAUCAACGUGCUGCCGUCGCUUUCGCGUCUCAUGAAGAGCGCCAUCGGCGCAAAGCACACGCGUGCCGACCACGGCGACGUGUCGAACCAGAUGUAUGCUGCGUACGCCACCGGUCGUGACGCCGCCUCGAUGAAGGCGGUCGUCGGUGAGGACGCGCUGAGCCACGAGGACAAGCUCACCCUCGAGUUCAUGGAACGCUUCGAGAAGGAGUUUGUCACGCAGGGCGCCUACGAGACCCGCUCCAUCUUUGACUCGCUCGACAUCGGCUGGUCGCUGCUGCGGAUUAUGCCCAAGGAGAUGCUCAACCGUAUCAGCCCCAAGAUUCUCAAGGAGUACUACUCGCGCAAGAGCUCCAAGGCACAGCCCGAGGAAGAGGAGCAGGCGAACAAGGCGAGCGUCACCGACGAGAAGUAG